CUGAUAUAAACAGCUGGAGGUAUUCAAGUGGCGAGCUUAGAGACUAACAGAGCUGGGGGGGGGCUGAUGCAGGAGGAUUACAGCUUCUGUGUACUGAAAUCUGGGUGGCAGAAGAAGGAUUAGCAGAGAAGGGCAUGGAGAGACGGAUUGAUCUGCUUUCUAAAGAUGCAUUACAGUUUGGGGUAAUAUUUCACCGGAUUGCCAAAGACUUUGUCUCCCUGGAAUUGGACUCCUGAUUCUUUUCUUUCUUUCUUUUUAAAGCAAGCAUCAGCAGAAGGCAUAACAUCCCUAAAUGCCUGCCUGGAGGUAGUAAUGGGCCGGAUGAGGGAUAGCAAACUGAGGCUGAAUCCAGGAUUAUUGUCUUAGAAGUGCCGAAGGAAAAACAAAAGAUGGAGAAAUGUUUAGCUAAGAGGAAAGGAGUGUGUCAUGAGCGCCAAUAAACUGCUAGCUGGAGCUCAACAGACUUUGCUUUCGGAUUGCAGAUUUCGGGGGACCUGGGUAUCUGCCAUGCAACAGGCCAGGGUGAGGAAGAUGCUGUGGUCAGUGGGCAGGAGGAGACCAGGUGCCCAGAAGCCCCAACGUCUCCUGGUUACAGAGGUCAACGGAAAUGCAUCUGAAUGGGAUAGUGGGGAAAAACAUUUCUGAACGAGGAGCGGUCCUAAUAUAAUGAGAUGGACCAAUGGGAGGAACUGGUGAGAGGCCUAGCAGCGGCUUGCAGGCCGUUCUAAAGGAGUGAGAAGCCCAGGCUCACAGUAAGGGAAUGGCCAAAACUUUCUUCAGACCACAGAGGUUUCUUCGGAGGACCCAAUUUUUACUUUUCCCCCUCACAGCCGCUUACUUGAUGGCUGGCAGUCUCCUGCUUCUCCAGCGGUCUCGCCUGGUCCUCCAGCAAGGGUUUCGCAGGACCUCCAGCAACCAGGCCCCCCCAGUGGCAGAUGCUUUACUCAGUGCUGGGAACACAGAGAGCAAACCAAUGCAGCGUUCCCACUUGACUCCCAAACUCUUGGAGAGCAUGGAGAGUCUCCAUGGGCCGACCCCAGAUCAGAAGCAUGGACCCAAAUGGCUGAUGUCCCGGAACUCAGAACUCAGACAAUUACGGAGGAGGUGGUUUCUCAGAUUCAUCAAUGAGCAGGAGUCCAUGCAGGCUCCUGGAGCGAAGGUGCUGAAACACACAGCUCCCAACAAAGGGACUUACAUCGGAUGCUUCGCUGACGAUUCCCGAGAGCGGAUUCUGAAAGGUGCGGUGUUUUAUGACUUGAGGAAAAUGACCAUUUCUCAUUGCCAGGAAGCUUGUGCUGAGAGGGCUUAUACAUAUGCUGGGCUGGAGUAUGGAGCAGAAUGCUAUUGUGGAAACAGGUUGCCGCUGACAAUGGCAAAGCAGGAGGAGUGCAACAAUGAAUGUAAAGGAGAAAAAGGAACCAUCUGUGGAGGUGUCAAUCGGCUCUCUGUGUAUCGGGUGGAGGAACCACGGGCUGCGUCCAAACGGCGGCAAAAUAUUAUCUAUAGAGGAUGCUUUCGAGUGCCAGAAAAUUUAACAAACACCCUGCCAGCCUCUUUGAUACACUCCAAUUUGACGGUGGAGAUGUGCUCCGAAUUUUGCUCCAGGAAAGAAUUCCCCUUAGCGGUGAUUGGGGGAUUGGAGUGCCACUGUGGGUUCCCCACAGCUCGGUUCCGGUUGCACAACAGCUCUGACCGGGCGCUCUGCAGGACGAAUGUGAGCAGCAGCCCCCAAGUGCCAAUUAAGGAGGACUAUCGCUCGGUCUACCAAACUCCAGUCCAAGACACUCGGUGCACGGACCGGAUCUUCCUCCCCACCAAAUCGAAAGCGUUUGUUGCUCUGUCCAGCUUCCCUGGCGCUGGAAAUACCUGGGCUCGCCACUUAAUUGAACACGCGACAGGAAUCUACACGGGAAGCUACUAUUUCGAUGGGACCCUGUACAAUAAAGGUUUUAAAGGGGAAAAAGAUCACUGGAGAAGUAGGAGGACGAUUUGUGUCAAGACGCAUGAGAGUGGCAAGAAGGAAAUUGAAAUGUUUGACUCAGCCAUCUUGUUGAUACGGAAUCCAUACAAAUCGCUCAUCGCGGAAUUCAAUCGGAAGUGUGCUGGCCACCUUGGAUAUGCUACAGACCGGAACUGGAAGAGUAAAGAGUGGCCGGAGUUUGUGACCAGCUACGCCUCAUGGUGGGCCUCCCAUGUUCUCGACUGGCUCAAAUAUGGGAAGCAACUCUUGGUCAUCCACUACGAAGACUUAAAGCACAGCCUCCUUCCCAAACUGAAAGAAAUGGUGGCUUUCCUGAACAUGACCGUGACAGAAGACCGUCUCUUUUGUGUUGAAAACAACCAGGAUGGGAAUUUCAAGCGUUCAGGCAGCCGGCAGAAGGGAUUUGAGCCUUUCACACAAGAAAUGAAAGACUUGAUCGAUAAAAAUAUCAUGACGGUGGACAAAGCCUUAAGAGAAAGGAACUUCACUGGACUGCCACAAGAGUAUUUGCCCAGAUGAUGCCUCAUCCAGCUCCCUGCAUUUUAAAAAAAGAAUCCUUAUUAAAAAGACCCGAAUUUUAUAGCAGCUGAAGGCAAGCUUUGUGUGCCGUCUGCUGAUGAAUGCAAAUUCUCAAGACUUGGAUGCUCUUCAGGAGUACUAAGUGCUACGGAUGGCAAGCAAUGAAGGAUGGAAAUGGAGUUAUAAACCAAGGCAAAAGCCAUUAACAUCUGCCUGUCUGUGUCCUUCUCCCUAUAAAUGGCUACAAAUUUUUAAUACUUUUGUGCAAUCCUAAUUCUGGGAAAUGGGGGGGAAAGGUUUCUUUGUCUCAUCCUAACUGCCUAGCAAUUAUUUCUCAAGAGUAUCUAGGAGUUUUUUCAGCAAUUUUUGCAGUUCAGAUGUGUAUGUUUCCCCCCCGUUUUUGUCAUUUUAAACUCACUCUGAUAAAUAUUUUUAGCUAAGCAA